UUACAAAGGAUGACGAUGAUGAUGAGUUUUUACAGAAAAAGUCUCCACUCUUUCUUGUCCUUCACCGACAACCUUUCUUCCAAAUCUUCACCACCCUUCAAUAACUCCAAUUCCCACCUUGAAUUACACCAUGGCUUAGGCUUAGGAUUAAUUAAUUCCGAUCAUAAUCUUAUGCAAUUCAAUAAAUCUCCUAAUAUUCUUGAAUCAUCCUCACUCAUUAAACCUCCUCUUUCUCCGUCGCCGUCCUCCGCCACGAGAAAGGACCCGCGUGGGGUCGGUUUCAUCGAAGACGUAGGCGGUGGCGUGGACGGGUUGAUGUCGUGCACCGAAACCUUAGGAUUUGAGAGCUCCGAUGAGAGAUUGGUGAAUGAUGAAUUGACGACGAUGGAGGAUGGCGGUGGGUCUACGGUGAGGAUACGGCGGAGGAAGGUGGUGGAAGAGAGGAAGUUUCCGCCACCAUUGACGUCGUUGAAUCAACAUGGACAUCCGAAUUUUUAUCUCCGACCGGUGAGGAAAGAUGGGAGAUUGGAGCUGACCGAGAUUAGGAUCGAACGGACCGAGAUUCUUCGGGCGUGUCGUGGAGAUGGACGGUUGAGAUUGCAUCUCAUUAAAGAUGAAGAACUAGGACAAAAUGAUGGCCGCAGCAAAGACAACAUCGACAACAAUGAUGCGAUUGAAGAGGAAAACGACGAGAAAAACGAAGAAGAGGAAGUAGAAGAAGCGGAGGAUUUAGUGAAGGAAGAAAAGAUGGAAUUGAGGCGGUGUGUUGUGAUGAUGAACCACCAGCGCCGACGUGAGCACCGCCGUGGCCACCACCACCAGCAUUUGGAUGUGUGGAGGCAGCACUGCGUGACAACAAGUUAAGAUUUUUUAGUUUUUUUAGUUCUAUUUUUAUAAAUUUAGUCGGUAGAAUUAAUGAAGCGGUGGGUGUGCAUAAAAACGAGAAUGUUAUUAUUGUUAUUAUGAUUAUUAUUUAUAAUUUGUGGGGAGUGUCAAUUUAUUUGCUGUUUGUCCUGUGGGGGUAAUUUUUAAUCCUUUUUUUUUUUCUUUAAAAUGCAAUUGUUGUUCAUUUGAAUUAAUCUGCAUGCAUGUCGUGAGAUUUUGAUUCACAGUCAGAAAUGGUUCAGC